AUGGCAAACGUUGUCACGUUGAGAUUUAUAAGAAAUAUAUGGAAUUAUGUCCAAGUGAUGAAAAUUACAACCGAUACCCGCUGGUAUAGCAAACAAUCUAUGGGUCAUAAUACAAUUCAGAAGAUAGUUCCAGAAUUAUUCAAAGUAGCUGGUGUAUCUGGAUAUAAGACUAAUCAUUCCUUGAGAGUGACCACUGCUACAAGACUCAUCAAUUCUGGUGUACCAGAACAGCUGAUAAUGGAGCUACCGGCCACUGCAGUGUGGAGGGGAUUAGAAUUUACAAGAGGACAUCGGAUGACAUGA